CUGUCAACAUGCAAGAUGGCCACGCAUCACAGGCAAAAUGCUGCUGGGCGGAGAAAAGUACAGGUAUCCUACGUCAUUAGGGAUGAGGUGGAGAAGUACAACAGAAAUGGGGUGAAUGCUCUUCAACUUGACCCUGCGUUAAACCGACUCUUCACAGCUGGAAGAGACUCAAUCAUCCGUAUAUGGAGUGUUUACCAGCAUAAGCAGGACCCGUAUAUUGCUUCAAUGGAGCAUCAUACAGACUGGGUCAAUGACAUAGUUCUUUGUUGCAAUGGGAAAACAUUGAUAUCUGCUUCCUCGGAUACAACGGUAAAAGUAUGGAAUGCGCAUAAAGGGUUCUGUAUGUCAACGUUACGAACACACAAAGACUAUGUGAAAGCCUUAGCCUAUGCUAAGGACAAGGAGCUGGUGGCAUCUGCAGGGCUUGACCGGCAGAUAUUUCUCUGGGAUGUCAAUACUCUUACAGCACUCACUGCUUCCAACAACACUGUAACAACUUCGUCACUCAGCGGGAACAAGGAUUCUAUCUACAGUCUGGCUAUGAACCAGAUGGGCACAGUGAUAGUGUCUGGAUCCACAGAAAAGGUGCUGAGAGUAUGGGAUCCACGAACAUGUGCAAAACUGAUGAAGCUAAAAGGUCACACAGAUAACGUCAAGUCGCUGCUGUUGAAUCGAGAUGGUACUCAAUGCCUGUCCGGCAGUUCGGAUGGCACAAUUCGUCUGUGGUCCCUUGGUCAGCAGCGAUGCAUUGCCACGUACCGUGUGCACGACGAAGGCGUUUGGGCCCUGCAGGUCAAUGAGGCUUUCACACAUGUCUAUUCUGGAGGUCGAGACAAGAAGAUUUAUUGUACUGACCUGCGCAACCCAGACAUCCGUGUUCUCAUUUGUGAAGAGAAGGCCCCAGUGCUGAAAAUGGAACUGGACAGAUCUGCCGACCCGCCUCCUGCUAUCUGGGUCUCCACCACCAAGUCAUCUGUUAAUAAAUGGUCUCUCAAGGGAAUGCACAACUUCAGAUCAUCAGGGGAGUACGAUAAUGACUGCAGCACCCCUUUAAUGCCACUGUGCACACAGUCAGAGCAAGUCAUCAAAGGAGGGGCAAGUAUCAUACAGUGUCACAUUCUGAAUGACAAGAGACACAUACUUACCAAAGACACCAACAACAACGUGGCUUUCUGGGAUGUCUUGAAGGCUUGCAAGGGGGAAGACCUGGGCAAAGUGGAGUUUGAUGAGGAGAUCAAAAAGCGCUUCAAGAUGGUUUAUGUGCCAAACUGGUUCUCAGUUGAUUUGAAAACUGGGAUGCUCACCAUCACACUGGACGAAAGUGACUGCUUCGCUGCCUGGGUGUCUGCCAAGGAUGCAGGUUUCUCAAGCUCUGAUGGAUCUGACCCAAAAUUAAACUUGGGUGGAUUGCUGCUUCAGGCUCUCCUGGAGUUCUGGCCCAGAACUCGCAUCAAUUCUGUCGAUGAGGAAGAGAAUGAAGUGAACCAUGUGAAUGGAGAGCAGGAGAAUCGUAUCCAGAAAGGGAACGGAUACUUUCAGGUGCCACCACAUACACCGGUCAUCUUUGGGGAAGCAGGUGGCAGAACUCUUUUUAGGUUGCUUUGUCGAGAUUCAGGCGGAGAGACCGAGUCGAUGCUGCUGAACGAGACCGUUCCUCAAUGGGUCAUUGACAUCACAGUAGAUAAAAAUAUGCCCAAGUUCAACAAAAUCCCAUUCUACCUCCAGCCCCAUUCGUCUUCUGGUGCAAAAACUCUGAAGAAGGACCGUCUUUCAGCCAGUGACAUGCUGCAGGUGAGGAAGGUGAUGGAACACGUGUACGAGAAGAUCAUCAACCUGGACAACGAGUCUCAGACCACCAGUUCCUCUGCCAACGAUAAGCCCGGGGAGCAAGAAAAGGAGGAGGACAUGGCCAUGCUAGCUGAGGAGAAGAUAGAACUCGUGUGUCAAGAGCAGGUUCUGGAUCCUAACAUGGACCUGCGAACAGUUAAACAUUUUAUCUGGAAAAGUGGCGGGGACUUGACGCUUCACUAUAGGCAGAAGUCCACGUGAAAGUUAGAUUUGGAAGAGCAAAAACUUUUCUUUUUUUUUUUUGUCAUUUGCCAAUCGCCACUCACCCAACAUGUAUCCUGAAGUCCAUUCACGGUCAAACAGUUUGUGCUAUCCACAUGAAUUCAGUGAGGUAUUUCCAAGGAUGUGUCAUAGGGAACAUACCAGGCUGGAGCAGCCAAGAGACAAAAUGGAUUGUUUUUUUUUUAAUACAGUUUGAAAAAUGAACUCAAUUUUACUCUGCAGGACUAAAACUUUUUUGUUUUUUAUUUUACAUCUUUGACUGCUAUGUUUAUUAUAAACUGCUGUACAUGUUUGUUUGAGUGAAUGCGUGUGUGUUUACGCACGUGUGCAGAAUGUUAUAGUACAUUCCAGACCUGUCCUUGUUCUACAAACACUCCACGGUGUCAACAGUUUCUCCGUUUUGGAAAGCCCACCCACGCUUUCUGGAAGCGUCAAGUCGCCCAUCCUCACUCGAACGUAACCUCCAGUUGUAAUCACAAGAAAGCUUGAACAUCAUUACACUUGUCUUUGUCUCUUUUAGCUGUGCUGUUCUCAGUGAGCGGAAUGUUUUCAUGUUAACCUUGUGUAAAAUAUUUUUGAUUUAAAUGAGGUUUCGCGGGGAGGAGGUUGGAGGACAUCAAUUCUGUUGUACAGUUUACUUAAUACCAACUGUUAAUUUUUUCAAUUCUUUAGAGCACAUUUAUGGCUGUAAUUUAACAUGAUACAAAUGGCAUUUGUUGUAUCCACUACAACCUGGAAAUUGCAGUUUACUCUUUAAAGAAUGUUUGUAGUUGUCUAAAUCAUCUUAGAAAUUUGAAAUUAUAUAUACAUAUAAAUAUUAAAUCUCACUAUAUGCUUGGGCAAUCAGCAAUGACCUUGGUCAAAGUGAGAGCUGUUCCUAUUGUAUAGUUUAUUUAAAUAGCUCAAUGAAAUAUAGUAUAUGAUUUGUCUUUACCAAAACACACAAAGUGGUAAAACAUUUUUGGUAUCACCAAGCAGAACAGAUCUUUUUAUUGUAAACUUGGAAGAUAUUCAUUUAGCCGCAAAGACCAAUGUGAACACGCCAAGUGAGGUCUUGUAGGCCAAAACAGGAUGGUUACCCCAACUGUAACAUUACAUUACAUCGUUGUAAUAAUUUGUGAAAUAUUUAUACAGGGUCCGACAAAAUGUUCUGACACACUUGUAGGAUUAAUAAAAUGAAAAUAAAUUAAAGAAACAAAAGUGUUUUUUUUCAUUUUCGGAAAGUACAUAUAAUGCCGUUCUGUUUUGUUUUUGAAUAAUUAUUUUGGUCUUAACGCUGCCACAUUUUCUGGAGUUCUGGCGGUGCGAGGUCGGCCGGUUGAUUUUCGUUUCAAUGCUGAUCCACUGGCUCUGAAAUUAGUAACCCAUAACGAUCGUGUUUCGAGCAGGUACGGGAUCAUGUCUACUAAGUCUGAAGCGCAAACGGAACGCUCGUUGUGUUGCAGUUACAGAUUGGUUCUUGAUAAACAUUUCCACUAUGAAAGCGCAGUGCUCAGCGGUCCAAUUCAUGUUAGCAACUGAAACAAAAUAACAUUAUUCGGAAAUGAACAGAACAAAUCAAAAUGGCAUAUGUACUUUUUGAAAGAAAAAAAAAAAAAACUUUUGUUUUUUUUAAUUUAUUUGGAAUUUAUUAAACCUACGACUGUGUCAAAUCAUUUUUGCCGGACCCUGUAUUUUAGGCUUCCAAAGAAAUAAAUUUGAAUGGUUUAACAAUGACACAUUGGGGAUCAUGCAAGGAUGUGUUUUGAAAUUUUGUGUGGCAGUUUGAAACAUGAAUAAGGGUCUGUUUGUUUCGAUACUUUAUAUAUACACUUCAUUGAUACAAUAUCUGCAAAAAUACUUAAGCAACACCCCCUCCCAGAAAUAAAAACCAAAAACAUGACUCAAAAGCACCAUGACUAUAAUGACAUCUACAAACAUUACCUAUAUUCUAUUGCUUUCUUCAUCAAGUAAAGUUGUCUAUUGUUGCAUAGAUCACAAAACUGCAGUUGGUGGCCUCAAGCCGACUAGGUUACUACAACUAGCUUCACCAAUUGUAAAACAAGAGCCUGGGUUAAAACAUGUUAGAAAUGAGCUCUUAAAAAGCCACAAGUGAACUACAUCAACAGCACAAGCUGCUUAAUAAAUAUAAUUAUUCCAAAAGUCAGCCUGUCAUUUCAUCAAGUAUUAUUUUGCACUGUUGUGAUGGAUUUGAUGGGAUUUCUAUCUUUGAAAGUGUCCACGACAAUAUUUAGGAUGUCAA